AUGCAAAGCUCCAAGGUUCAAGUCACCUUCGGUUCUGAAACCUUAUAUCUCAAAUUAACCGACGAUCCUGAUGAUUUCAUCAAUGCUAUUUGCUCUACAUUUAAAAUCAAACAGUUCGACGCAAAGUAUCAAUUAUUUUCAUAAUAGAGUAGAGUGGAAAUAAAAAACAAUUAGCAAUUAAUUUUUGAAUUUCGAAAUUCCAAUUCAAUAUAAAAGGAUACGAUGCUUAAGAUAAAAUAAUUAGGAUGCAAGUCCAUAAAUAUUAUUGAAUAUAAGGAUCAAUAAAAUCAAGUCAAUAAUUACAAAUUUUUUGAAGCUUUUGUAUAAGGAAAUGAAAUUCAAUGCUGCACCAGAUCAGAUUGCAACUUAUGCAAGGGAAAUGGAUAAGCUAUCAUUGAAGAAAGUGAUCAUCCAUUUAUAAAUGAAGUUGUUAAGAACAAAAUAAGUGAAAGACUACCCGAUAUUCGUGAAAUGUAAAUUUCCUUAUGCCACCAUAGAAUUCAAAGAAGAGAAUAAUAAAAAAUCACUUCCCCCGAAGAUUUUUUGAAAUACCACAUGACUAUCAAACAAGAUUUUAAACCGGAAUAUUUGACAAUAACACCUCAAAAUGCUUAUAUUCGAUAUAGCUAAGACAACAAUGGUAUUAAUAAUUGACUAUCUAAGUUAUUUAGCAGGAUGAUAAAUAAAAAAGUAAAUACAGAGUAAAAAUAAUUGAAUAGUCUAAUAUUGAAGGGGAACGAGGAGGUGAGGCUGUAAUGCAAUUAAGGUAUAUGAAUGAUGGAUUUCAUAAUUGGCCUUAGAAAGUGUAAUUGGUUUGCAAUGAGGGCCCAUUUUAGAUCAGAUAAGAUAUCAAAUCAGCAAUAAAAUAGUAAAUAAUAAAUUAAGAAAUUAAAAUUCAUAUUCCUGAUAUCCCUCAGGAAUUGUACGAAUUCUCCUGCAGAUUUGAAUAUCUAAGUGAAGAUAAUCAAAGGAUUUAAUUCGGACCAGUCAUAAAAUUAAAGUUGAUUGUGAAAGAUAAGAAUGGGAAAUAAAUCAAACCAUACAAUUUUGAUGAACAAAAUAAAAAAUUAAUCCCGUUAAUUCAGAAUCAACUAAUUUAAAUGGGAUAUUAGAAUGAAGUAAUUGUCUAGAAGAUGAAUGCCAUCUUCUAACAUUCAACAAAUAGAGAAUUAACUUUGGAGCGGUUUAUGAGUGAGUUUUUUUUGGAAUGA